AUGAAACCACCAACAAUACUCUUUAUUCUAUCAUUAUGGAAGAUAGUUCACCAUGUUCAAGCAGCGGCCGUGUUUGCACAUUUCAUGGUAUAUAAUUCGGAAAACUUUACUCUCUAUGACUGGGAGAUAAACAUCGCCGAGGCUCAGAAGGCCCACCUGGAUGCCUUCGCGCUGAACCUCGCGUACAAUUUUCCAACAAACAACCGCUCCCUCGAAAAUGCUUUCAAAGCGGCGAACACGCUGCACUUCAAACUCUUAUUCUCCUUCGACUACGUAGGGAACGGCGCCUGGCCCGAGGGCGAUGUCAUUGCCAUAAUCAACAGAUACAAAGACAAUCCAGCAUACUAUCAACACAAAGGCAAGCCUUUCGUCUCAACAUUUGAGGGCUCUGCAAACGCCACCGACUGGUCCACAAUCAAGAAGUAUGCAGAUUGCUUCUUUGUGCCAGGCUGGUCAGGCUUAGGAGCAAAGGAAGCACUGGCAGUUGCCCCGGGCGUUCCUGACGGGCUAUUCUCCUGGGCAGCAUGGCCCGAGGGCUCAGACCCUAUAAACACCUACAUUGACUCGACAUAUAUGCAAUGGCUCAAAGACGCGGGUGACCUACCCUACAUGAUGCCCGUCUCACCAUGGUUCUACACCAAUCUGCCAGGCUACGAUAAGAACUGGAUCUGGAAUGGCGAUAACCUGUGGUACGACCGAUGGCAACAAGUGCUAUCAUUAAAGCCGGAAUUUGUAGAGAUAAUCUCGUGGAACGAUUACGGCGAGUCGCACUAUAUCGGCCCGCUGCAUGACGAUGCCUAUGCGACCUUUGAGAUUGGCAAUGCAAGCUACAACUAUGCUGCUGAUUACCCCCAUGAUGGCUGGCGAGACUUCCUUCCUUUCAUCAUUGAGUUGUAUAAGACUGGCAACUCGAACAUUAAAUCCGAGGGUGUCACUGCUUGGUUUCGUCAGGCGCCCGGCAAGGCUUGCACGAAUGGUGGUACAAUGGGCAAUACCGAAACGCAUGGGCAGAAAUUAAUCCCGCCCACGGAUGUCUUGUUAGACGAAGUGUUCUACUCUGCCCUUCUCCACUCUUCGGCCGCUGUAGAUGUAGUGGUCGAUAUUGGAGGAGUUACACAAGAUGGGAAAUGGAAGAACAAGCCCACUGGCCAGACCGGUCUGUACCAUGGAAGUGUACCGUUCGAUGGCAAUACUGGUCAAGUUGUAGUGACCGUUUCGCGGAGAGGGAAGGCCAUUGCUGAAAUGCGCGGCGCAUCGAUCUCGAAUUCGUGCCUGGAUGAUAUUCAGAACUGGAAUGCUUGGGUUGGCUCUGACUUCGGGAAGAACUUGACCAAAAACGCAACUCAAACUACAACUGCCUCUCAUGCGAAGCCUACCUCAUCGGCGGUUUCUGCUGCGCCAGCUUUGCUUGCCUUGGCCCGGGUUCCCUUUACGAUACUAUUUGUGGCUUUGGUGGCCACUAUGGUUUCUGCGAGCCUGACGCAUGCUGGGCAUAAUACCCUGUCUUAUAGCUCGACUGUGGACUUUUCUACCUUCACCUACGCAGGUGUUCCAUAUAGCUUUGGUAAUGGCUAUUACUCCACGGAGAGUGACGCUUUGACUUUGCCGUUUACUGCAAGGGAUAUCGCAACCUCGGCCGAUGAUUCAUCUUGGGAAAUUGAUUGGUCUUUUGAGCGACAGUGA